UAGACAUAUUUCCUAAGGCGGACUAGGUGCAGAGGCACUCAUCUAUGUUAGUUCCUGUCUGUAACAAGGCUUUCACGGACAGAAAUGAGGUCCUGAUUUGCUGUGUGUCUCUUGCUUUUACCGCCAUGAUGUCACCCAUUUUCAAGAAUUUUGUUUGAUACCCUGAUGGCUGAGACAACAGAUGCUUAGAAUGGAGGCAGAUUCCACCAGUGACAAGAUACCGGAAGACUACCUUGAGACGUCAGGUCAGGAGGUCCCUGAAACCAUGGAAACAACUCUGGUAUCCAAUGGUUCCGAGGAGAGAAGUUUGUCAGAUUUGCCAAGAAGAGAUCAGCAUGCUUUCAGUGGCGGCCAUGGAAGCUCCACAGUGUCAAGCAACAGUGACUCCAUUAACGAAUCUUUUACCCAUGCGGAAGCCAUUCAGCAAGCUAUGGAAGACACUGCAGGAGACUCUCUCUGCGAUUUAUCUUUCAGUGAAGCCAGGAAUGAUGGUGAUGCUUCCUCAGUCCGGGAACCAGCCAGUGAUGGUGUCAUUACUGCUACAGAUGAAGCCGCGGAGAUCGUUGAGACCUCUGUUUCAUCCAAGUGCCUUCUUGAAGAUGACAUCAGGUGCUGUCCGGUCAGCACAACCUUGACUGAUGUGUCAGGCUCUGAGCCUGACUGUCAGUCAGAAACAGGAGGCUCUCAAAUGUCAGAUAAUCCCAACGUUGCUGGAGAUUCCAAAGCUAUGGAAGUAUCCAAAGCUACCAAAAGUGCUCAAGCUGCAGAUGCUUUCCAAACAGUGGAAAGUUCCCAUCCUGCAGAGUGUCCCAAAACUGCCAUAGGUUCCAAAGCCACCGAGGGUUCCAGUGACAAAGGAAGUUCUGAGUCUCUGAGAGGCUGCCCAUCUACAGAAGACCCUCAAGCUUCAGAAUUUACUUAUGCGUUAUGGGGACUCCAAUCUACAGCUGGCUCACAAGUUUCACAGGGCUCCUCAGGGACAGAACACUCUCUAGCCACCAAUUAUUCCCAAACUUUAAGAGGCUCCCAUGUUACAGACGGUUCCCAAGCAACGGGAGUGUCUCUAGAUAUGGAAGGUUCCCAAGCUAUGGAUGGUUCUCACACUCGAGAAGACGACAAAGUUGUAAAAGGCUCCAAAUCCAGUGAAGUUCCUCAAGUAAGCUCCCUAGCUGCAUUAGAUUUCCAAGUUCCAGUUCAUGUUGGUGCUGACUCCACCGCUACGUCGGCCACAAAUAUGUCAUCCACCAAUCUCGGAACACCUGUCCGUAAAAAAGGUGUCCAAGCUAAAGCAAGCUGUAGUGAUUCCAUGACAGGUGUGAAAACAUCAGGCAAAUUUACAAACGAGGAUGAUGAUUUGUACUCGGAAAUAAUCGCAACAAACACCAAAGUGAAAAUCCUGAAGAAGUAUUUCGGGGAUACAAGGAAACCAGGCCUCUGCCAUCGGCCACACCACAAAAAAUACUACGGGUCCUUUAAGUGCAGAGAGUGUCACCUGUCCUUUAGUUAUUUGCCAUCGCUUUUGUUACACAGCAAUAAACAUGGCAAACAAUACCACAUGUACAAAUGUUCCAAGUGCAACUACAAAUCCUCUGCUCCAGGUGCCUUCACAAAGCAUGAGCUUAAUCGUCACCCAGUUCUACUUUUCCAGUGCUACGUCUGUAUGUCCACAUUUUUACAGGAGAGCACACUACGCAGACACAAGGAAGCGUGCCAUCUCUCGAAGCCCGUGGAUUAUGUCUGUAAACUUUGUAAAGGUGUAUUCUCCAGUCAUUCGACAUUGACUGAACAUUUGAAAUUGCAGCAUAUGAUUGUUUCAGACUGCAGUGCAUGCAAAGGCAGUUCUGAUGCUGUUGGAGAGAGCAACAGACAACCUGAUGCAAGCUUUCAGCAAAAGUUCUACUGUGUUGUGCCCAGGACUUCCAAAAUUAGCAAGCGAUGCAAGAAGUGCAAGGCUUUGUUUCCACCAAAAGACAAGGCUUUUGUCCAACAUCGGCAAGCCUACGAGGUAGCAAUCAAGCCAGCCUGCGUAUGGUGUGGCUACAGGGGUACUUCAGCCUGUGAUCUUUCAUGCCACAAACGACAGGUUCAUAACUGGUGUUUGGUCUGCAAUUGGAAACUUGGAAACAAGGGGCUGUUGGACCAGCACACUAAAAUUGUUCACCAUGGAUUUGGGAAAAAAGAAAGCCUUGACAAAGGAAUCCAGUCCCAAAAAAAAUUGAAGGAAGAACAGCGUGUAUCAAGCCAUCAAGAACAUCGUUGUCCGCAUGUGCAAUGUCAUCAAAGAGUAUAUUCAGAAGUUGGUCUUGAGCAACACAUCAAAGAGGUACAUGAGCAAGACGAGACUCGGCCUUUCAUUGUGAAUGUGAAUACCGAAGCUGUACAGCACUGGUACUGCACCACGUGCAAUGUCAUUUUCCCGACCAAGAGACUGCUUGAACUCCACAUCAGGCUCAAUCACCGGCCAAUGAAGAAGACGGAAACCAGCCCCUUAGUGCAAGCUGAACCAACCGAAGAAGAUCAGGAAUGGCGCUGUCUGCUGUGCAACACACUGCAUCACACACUGGAAGAAUGCAAUAAGCAUCAGAUUACGCAUCACCCUGAUGAGUAUGAGUACAUAUCCCGAAAGGAGAUUGCUGAACCAAGCCAACCUCUUCCUGUGUCUGCAUUAUCAGACACGGGUCCCCCAUACACCUGCAGCAUGUGCGACUCUAAGGUCUCAUCUGUGGAAGAACUGCAUUUGCACAAGAAGCAGUUUCACAGGAUAGCGUACACGUUAUCCAUUAAGGAUAAAGUCUGCCCCGAGAGAACCAUUUAUAGAUGUAGGUACAGAUGUGGUUUUGCAAACAGCAUCCGCAAACAUGUCCUGAAGCAUGAGCCAACAUGUCUGCACAAAACAACAGCUGAACCCAAAGUUUGGGGCCAUCCACCCAUAGUGCUAGACUCAAGCUCAGGAAAGAUGGUACAUAACCAAGAGAGUGCCUCCACCAUCAGUGAACCAGCCUCUAGUAAGAAGUCACAAGAACUGGAAGCAGACCAUCCUGAGAUCAAAGAAAAGGCUGGUUCUGAGGCCGAUCCUCAUGCGGAUAAUACCAAUCAGGAUGAAAGCAUGGAAGCCUCUUCUGAGAAAGGUGUUGACCAGUCUGUUGUUCAUAGGCAAGAGGAGACAGUCAAACCUGCAUCCAGCAAUCUAAAACCUGCCCUUUCUCAAACAGUGUCAACAAUUCCUUCUGGUCAACUUAAACCAUCCAAGCCUUCAACUUCAGGGUUUGGUUCUACCUCUGCUUCUAACAAAAUCAUCUCCAAGUCUUCUAUCAACCAUCCACAGGGUAGUAAGCUUCCUGUUUAUGGCAAGCAUGAUGUGAUAACCAGCAGCAGUGAUGAUGACAGCAGCUGCAGUUGGCUAGAUAAGAGCAGUGAUUCAGAAGAAUCAGAAGAGGCUAUGCUGACUGAAAACUCUGUCGUAGAUUCUUCCCCCAUGUCAAGUGAGGGGGAAGAUGGUCAAACAGAAUCUGUACAGGAAGCUCCAACAUUGUGUCCUCAGGGUCAGGCUGCUGGACUUGGGGGGCAGCAUGCGCAAGUCAAACCACCUGCACCUUCUACCAAUCCUCAUCCGCCAUUGCUGCAACCCACUGUCCUUAUGAGGUUUUUCCAGGCGAUUGACUUGUCAGACCUCUACCGCCUUGCCCUGCAGAUGAUCACAGGUUCCCCCCAACCACACUCCCUUCCUACAUCAGAUCCAGCGAUGGUGAGCUCAAAGGUAGCAAAGUUUAAAUACAAGAUCCCCCUUGGCUAUAGUCACCCAGAAUUCAAGGAGAUACCACUCUUUCCCUCCUCAAACGAAGCGAAGAUACUUGGUAACCUGCAGACACUACCAACCUCACUCAUUAAUAAGCAUUACAGAGGGGUGCUUGCAAAGCCUUUCCACAAUUACCUAUCUUCAUUAGUUGACUCCGCAGUCAUCAGCAACUUCAGCGAGAAUACCAUCAAAGGAGUUGAGCGUUACGUGAGGAAGCAACGGGUAGAUGAUCGAAAGGACAUAACAUCAAGCCUGUCGCGGUAUAUCGUCUCGCAGUAUGUCAAGAAUCAGCAGAAGAAACCUCCUGGCACUCAGCCCAUUCCCCUGUCAAUUGGUGCUACAAACAAUCCCGUCGUGCAGUCCAUAUCCCGGUCUGUCAGCGCUGUAAACAGUCCCGGUGCAGGGCCCAGUGGGGCUCAAUCAAGGCCUCCGGCAAUCCGUCUAGUGAUCACAAAAUCGGCUGUUCCAGUAGCUAAAGUUAAGUAUAUGGGAGUACAGCCAUCAGCAGUCAAUGCCAGUGGGGCCCCUGUGCAGGCCAAUAUUGUAGUCAGCCGUCCACUUCAAUUAACCACGACAUUGCUAAAUAUGUCACCCUCCAAAUUUCCUUCUGAAAGUACUUGUAAUUUAGGAGUUCCCACUGCGGCAACAGUUGUUAAUCCAUCAGCUGUAAGCCAAACCAAGCCUUUAGGCAUGGCAGCUAGUGGAAAAAACACUCACCCACAAGACAAAAGUGGUAAAAGGGUUCAGCCUGGUCCCAAAGUCAAAAGAAGCCCAGCAGCAACUAAGUCCACCAAGAUAAAGCCAGCAGUUUACAGCGUACCUGUGAGAAGGUCGCCAAGAUUGCUUAAGAGUGCGGGAGACCUGCCAUCUUCAUCAGGAUCUUCUAAUGGCCUCGCUGAUUUGGAGAAGUGUGAUACCUUACCUAAGCAGAAUGACCAAUCAAAGGGCAAGAAAUCGUGUACACCAAAGACAACCGUGGAUAAUGGCACAAGUGACCCUGAGUUAGAAGAAACUCGCACGGAUAAAAUGAAGACAAAACACAAUGAAAAGCCAACAUACAGAGGUAGAUGUAAAGACGGCCAGUCAGAGACCGCAGAAGACGGAACAGAUAACGGAAACCCGAAGUCACUACCUAAGCCUUCUGACCCAACAUUGUUACCUCAGUUAGGGUUUACAGGCAUUGCAGUGGCUCCAAGGAAUGGGUCAUCUGCAAACGGUCAAACUCAGCAGGUCAACAGCAAACAUAAUCUAAUGCUCCAAAUGGUACCAGGUCCAAGGCUGCCAAUGUUGUCUUUGAACACCAAGCUGCCGCCAGGUAGCAUCUUGGCUGAAACGAUUGACAGAGAAGGGGUGAUUCAGACCAGAAUGGCAAGACACCCGCUCCAUGGAUUAAAUGGUGGCACUGUGCCAAGACUCAUCGCCCCCAACAAUGGAUCUUUUCUCAGCACAGGGCAAGCAGUGCCUCAGAACAGGACAAUGUUCUUCAUGAAUUCAGUACCUGUCAAUUUACAGCCAAUACGUCUUCCUGAUAAGUCCACGAUACUACCUGGUCUGUCAUUGAAGGCUCCUGUGGUCCAAGUAAAUCCUCAGAGCUUGGGAAGCAGACGCUCAGAUCCUUUGGUUAAUCGGGUUCUGUGCCCAGAUACCAACAAGAAUAUGGAGCAUGUAACUCAUGAACUUGAUGUGUCCACUAGUCCAGGCUUAAGCUCUCUACCAAGUGAGGAGCAGUUGAUUCCUCAGAGUACUCUGUCCACUCAGCCUCUGUCCACUCGACAGGUCAGUGCAGGUGACAAGCACAACUCGACAGCAAGUAAAUGGAAGAUGACACUGACCAUGGAUGAUGUCUUGGCAAUCAUGGCAAAGAGAAAAUUACAGAGGUUUUCUGCGUAUAAGCCAUUACCAAGUGGAAGCCUAAAUCAGGCAGAUGGAAGCACUGAGGUGAGCAGCAAAGAUCAGCUGCAGACUUGUGACAUUGAUAAAAAUGAUAGUAAUUCAACGGUCAACACUCUUAAGAGAAAAAGUAAGCAGCGAGCUUCUUCAGAAUCUGUCGGCACACCACAGAAAAAAGUUUGUAAAGUGAUGAAUGACUGUUGCAGUGAGGAAGCUCUACCUAAUCAAUUACUCUGUGCCCAGCCCUUGGUUUUUGAUUCAGAGAUAUUGGAGAAGUCAGGAACCACUUCGAAUUCAAACCAGAGGAACCCACACUCCAUUUGUACUAAAUUUGUAGAGGGUGAUGACGAGCAGCAGUCAACGACAGAGCAGGCAGAGCAGGCAGCUGACUCAACUAGGGAAGAGGAGAAGACAAGUACCAGCUCUGAAGAAUUGGUGGAGGAAUCCUGCUCAGAUGCUACAAGCAAGACGAACUCUGAAAUGACCAAUCCAGACACCACAGAAGAAACAAAUAUAACAAGGAGGUCACUACGUACAAGGGAUGCAAAGAGGAAGACAGAGCCUGCUAAUAAGCUCAACAAUAAGAAGCGAAAGACAACAGUGGACCACUCCUACAUGAAAAAUCCCCAACCCGACAGCAGUGACAAUAGAAGGAAACUGAGAGCUCUUCGGCAGCGCAGUAAGGGAUCGGGGAUGCCAAGAGAGGCUAAGAGAGAAAGCACUGGAAGUAAGACCAGCGCAGACCGACGCUUGGUUCCACAUGAUCACUCUUAUACUGGCAGCAGACCUCAGAGAAGCAGUCCUAGGCUAAAAGCCACAUCAAAGAUGGACCACUCUUACUUCUGGAAAACUCAGGAUGGAAUGAGGGCAAAUGGAGACUCUGAUGAUGCAGGCAGCAGACAGGAUUCAACAGUCAGUGUUGGAAAAGUGACUUUUGAAGUAGACAGGAAGCUACCAAGAGCAGAGGAUCUGAGAGGCAGCGUAGAAGACCAUGCCAGUAGCCAUGACCAUUCUUACUCGGCCAGCUUCCCCCAAAACGUUCAGGACCAGAUGGCAGCUAUGGACCACUGCUAUGUCAGACUCACUCCUAUCAGCAUUGGCAGCAAACGACAAGUACCGCAGGCAACUACAAUGCAGCCAAGCUCACCGGUACAUGAGACCUUCCAAGCAGAGAGAAAGCACAGAAAGGUUGCAGAAGAUAAGUCCAGCACUUCUGACGCUGCUCUUGGAGCGGCAGGUGUUGGAUCAUCCAAGCAUGAUGUUAGGCGUACACUGAGAAGCUCUGAUCAGUCACAUACUAAGUGAGUCUGCCAUGAUGACGCUGAGCAGUUUGGCGUUUUAUGUGAUGACUUUGACACGUAUUCCAUUUAGUACAUUUCCCAAUGAUGUGCACACACAGUUCUGAUAUGCCAAUCCAGAAGAAAACAUGCUUAAGACAUUCCUUGUUCCAUUGGGAAGGUACUUUGUUCAAAAUGGAUUGUGUGAGAUGGAACUGGAUGGUGAGCAUUUUGAGGCAUGUCCUUAGCUCAGCAGUUAAGUACUUUUCUUAACCAAGAAAUGCAAUUGAAGUGUGAAUCUUUUGAGUCUUUAAGCAAAGAGCAUUAAGCAGAAGCAAAAUAGGGCAGUGAAUAUGUUUUGAAAUUAAAGUUUUCUUUUUGUAUCGGUGGAUGAUGUCAUUGUUGAAAAGGAUUUCAAUUAAUCAUUUGUAGAAAGGAAGUUUUUUUGUCAAUAAUCCCAAAAGAAACCAAGUUUGGUUUAUCCUCUUAUUUUGAUUUGAGUCUCAAGGUACGAGUGAACAUUGAAGUUCAAACCUUUACUGAAUCUGUAAAUAGUGUGUGCUGCCUAAGAUGGCAUUUAUUGAUGGACCAGUAACGAAGGACCAGUAAUGAUGGGUUCAUACUUGUAUUUCUAGUCGAUUUGUAAAAAGAUUAAUGAAUGUACAAUAGUUGUAAACUUUUUGUGUCAAACCCUAACUCUGCCUUCACAGCUAUGCAAAUCACACAUUGUCUCUGUGAAUAGCUUUGGUAAAUUAUAACUCUGUAUAUAAGAGGUGUCUAUAAGAGGAAAAUAUGGUAUCCAUUCUGCUAUCAGUUCAGUGUAAGAAAGAUAUUUCUUACAGUUAAGGCUGGUUCCUACUCUGCACGGAAGCAAACUGUGAACACAAAUUUCGCAAGUAUUUGCACUGCACAUUUGCAACACAUUUUCUACCUCAGCGAAUUGUACAGCGAUUGUUUUGUGACUGGCCCUUGUAAAGAUUGCUGAUCAAAAUCAGACGUUGAGUUCUGGAGUAUCUAUUUCUGUUAAAGUGAUGAGAAAUAAUCGGUAAUGCUCGAUUCAGCAAUUUCAUGAAAGAAGUAAUAGAAUUACUUGGGUUAUUAUUACUGAGAAUGGCACCUAAGAAAGACAUCGGGAUGUGCUCAAACAAUUUCAACUGUUCAUGACCCCUAACCCAAUUUGACUUUAUCCUACCCGCACACAAUUUGGUUCAUUUAUGUUUUGAACUGAGCAGUCAAUAUUGCAAUCAAUAUACAUGUACGAGCAAUCAAAAUAGCAUGUCUGCGACACUAAAAUGUUGCCUCUUAAUAGGAGUUGUGACAUUAGGGAGGCAUUGAGAUGUCUCCUUAAUCUACCUUGUCUCCCUGAGGUAUAACUUGACGAAAAACAAGUUUUCUUUCAUGGUAUUUACAGGAAUUAAGAAAUUGGUGUUUGACGACAGGCCUGCUAUAUAACUCUCACGCGCUGAGACUCGCGCACGCAUUUAUGGUUAUUCUCACACUCUUGGCUUUAUGGCUUCAUCGAGGAGUUAAUACAGUGUAGUACAAUGUAAUACAAAGUCGGUUGUUUCUUGUCCAUUGGACUUGCCUCAUACUCAGCUGAAGAAACAUUUGUUUUAAAAUGCGUUACAGUCAGAGAUCAAAAUCUACCAGCUGAUCCUGAAAGUACAUUGUAUUGUGAAAUGACAGUGCUUAUAUGUAGCAUGAGGCCAGUAAACUUCAAGACAAGCUAAACCUGGCCAUUUGUUUGAACAAAUUGUAUUUUAUGAAAUUUUUUAAUAAAUAGGAUUUGUAAGUACCCAAAACAGUUUACCCAUUCCUGUUGGUCGAGAGCCUGUCACGUGGGUGGUUUUAAACGGUUGGAAAAAAAAAUCAACUGGUUUUGAACACUGUUUUCCGGUACCGCUGCGUUCUGCGCAACAUCGCGCAGUAUGUGCCGUGUGCAUGCGAAUCGCCAUAAAAUGAAAUUAUAGCUACGCGCUGGAGGCACAUAUGUACAAGUAACCAUGGACAUGUCCAGCUGGAGGGGUAAUUUCACAAAACUUGAAAUAAAAAUUGAUGAACAAAAUCGUUUGAAAAUUGUGAAUUUGUGACUUGUUUUUGACUGAUAGAUAUUUAUGAAUGGGAGAACAAUAUGCGCUCGGCUGGUAGUAAAGAAGUACGUUUACAAGGCCACCAGCCAAGUGCAUGUUUGUCCCGUUAACAAAAUGUUUAAUAAAUGGCUCGUUUGUUACCUUCAAUUUUGUAUUUACUACGAUGUAUAACAUUUCCCGUUAUCUAUGGUUAAAUGUUAGAUUUUUUCAGAGGGUUUCUUCACUUUUGUAUGUGAUUCAACUCAUUAGCAACAAGUAAUGUAGUCCAGGGCGCCAGUAUUUGUUCACAUUGAAAAUUUUCAUCUUGAUUUGUGAUAUAUUGUAUUACCUUAGCUGUGUAGUCAUAAAUGAAGUACAUGUAGCUCAAUAUUUUUUUUUCCUUACAAUGUAUUUACAAUUUUGGACAUAAUUUAUUGCAUGAAUAAAAAAAUUGUUAGAAAAAGUA